AUGAAAUUACCAUCUUUAGAAGGAGAUAUGUUUAUGACAGCAGCAUAUGCACCAAGUAAUAGAGCAACUUGUAAAGGUUGUUAUGCAAAAAUUAAUAAAGAGGAACUUAGAUUAAGCAAUAUUGUAGAUGAAGAUCAUUAUCAUCAAGAACAUCAUUUUCAUGCAGAUUGUUUUUAAUUAAAACCUGCUUUUAAAAAUGCAACUUAUAAAGAUAUCUUUCAUGUAGAAAAUUUAUCAAAGGCAGAUCAAGAAAAGGUAAAAGCAAUUCUUGAAAAAUUAUAAAAAAGUGAAUUCAAAAAGAAACCUUAAUAAAAAAAAUAAAUCCAAAAUUAAAACAAAGUAAACCAAAAAAAAAUAAUGUUGAAGAUGAUAGUGAUAGUGAUGAGGAUUAUAAAAAUACCAAAAAAUAAAGUAAAAAAGUAGAGAAAAAAGAAAAAAAAUUAGAAACUAUUAAGAAGAAAUCGGAAUCAUCUCAAAAUGAGAGUGAUGAUGAAGAAUCUGAUGUCUUUGUUCUUUAUGAUAAAGCAUAAAAAGAGGAGUUCAGAAAGAUCUAAAAAGAAUUAGAGAAAAAAUCAGCAGGUUAAUUGAAAUAGAUGUUAAAAGCAAAUGAUCAAAAAUAAACUGGAAAUAAAGGAGAACUUAUUGAAAGAAUAGCUGAUUGUAUGAUUAAAGGAUGUUUAGAGAAAUGUCCAAACUUUUCAGGAGGAAGACCUAAAUUUAAUCCAAUCUAAAAAAUCUUUAAAUGUCCUGGAUAUAUGGAUGAUACAGAAUUUAGAUUUUGCAAUAAAGUUUUUGGACCAAAAGAUCUUAAAAGAAUUCCUUGGAUUGAUGUUUGA